AUUUUCGUGACUUGAUAACAAACAUUUCCACCGGACACAACAGGGUUUGUCAUUGUAAUUCAUGAUAUUAGCUCCUAAAUACUGUAAUUAUGGGUUUGAAUCUGGGAGGUGCAGAUGACAACUUAAAUUAAAGACUGGCAGCUGUAAGCCAGGUGAUAUUAACUCUUCAGCAUCUCAUUACAUUAUGUUUUAUAUUAUUAUAAGGGUGAUCAAACAUGUUCAUGAUGCUGUUUAACAUAACUCUUAGCUGGCUAGUUACUAGCUCACCAACUAGAGAGCAACAUUGUAAAAAGCAGCAAAGCGUACACGAGGCAGACAGCCCGUUUCAUGUCCAUGUGUGCUUAAAUGAACAGAGUGUUACUGUUACAGUGUCGGGCUGUUUGUUCAUGUGAGGCUCUGCUCCUGUUGCAUCAUUCAAAACAAACAAAGCUAACAAACAAAAACAGCCGUUGCUAGCACAGUUAGCCCGGUUAGCUAUCUGAACCGUAGCAGCUGCUGUGUUUGAACAGUGCGUUUAGAAAAAGAUAACCCCGCUACACUGCAUAUUUUUUAUUUAUUUAUUUAUUGUUUUACAAGUGGUUGGUGUGUUUUUGUUGUAUCUGCUGCGAAACGGAAGUUACUUUAUCAAACUGACGUUAGCGCGUGGAUGCUAACGUUAGCACACAGAACUGUUAAACGGGCGGAUUCGGCAGAGCGGCACGAGGGAGGAUGAAUGGACGCUAUAGAUUGGAGGGGGUUUGGAGCUCCUCCUCCUGACAUCUCUGUAUGGACAAAAGGAUCGUCCCUUUGGGUGUGAAGCCUGUUACAUAGACAUUAUCAGUGCAGGAACCCAAGGAGAACUUUAUUAUUCAAAAAGGUGACUAAGAAGAAGACAUCCAGCAUGCAAUUUCUGUCCCAUCCUAGCCCAGCAGCUCAGUGGAGCUCACGGUGCUACCUGGCCUGUGUAUUCAUCCUGAUUGCCUCCUCUGGACCAGUUUCACCCCUUCAUGUCCCUCCAGCGUCAACAGGUCUCCGCUCUGCUUUCUCUGCCACACGAAACAAUAAUGUGGUGGGAGGGAAGCAGACAGUAGUGACCUUCAACAGGCUCAUAGUCAACAUUGGAGGGGAUUUCAAUGCAGAUACCGGCCACUUCCGCUGCCGUAUCCCCGGGGCUUACUAUUUUUCCUUCUCUGUGGGGAAAUUUCCAAAGAAAAUGCUCUCUGUGAUACUGGUGAAGAACGGAGAGGAGGUCCAGGCUAUAGCGUACGAUGACUACCGAAAGAAAGGGAGGAAAGUUCAAAGCCAAAGCGUGAUGAUUAGUUUGAAGGAGAUGGACACAGUGUGGCUGCGUUUGCAGCAGAGUCCCCAGUAUGCUUUGUACAGCAAUGCUGGUCCUUACAUUACUUUCUCUGGUUACCUCGUCUACCCUGACAUCUCCCCAACAAGCUACAUCACCAACCACCUGUCCCCAUCAGGCCUUUCCUACCUUAACUGCCCCCCUCAGGCUGAUCCUUGGGCCAAAGGUCAGACGGCAGAGCAGCCACGGUCUGCCUUCUCUGUGGCACGAACAUCCACGCUCAUGGGUCAGAGUAGCAAGCAGCAGGACAAGCCACCUCUGACCUUUGAUGUGGAAUAUGUCAACAUUGGAGGGCAUUUCAACAAAACCUCCGGCUUAUUCACCUGCCACUUCCCCGGCGCUUACUUCUUUGCCUUCACAGUGGGGAAACACCCUUGUAAAGCUGUUUCUGUGAAGCUGAUGACCGGGAAGGGCGAGGUGCAGGCGAUGGUGUUUGAUGAGGACACAUCCAAGAGACGGGAGAUGCAAAGUCAGAGCUUGCUGCUGUCUCUCCGACGGGGUGACCGUGUGUGGCUGUACAGCCAGCAGGAUGAGCGCUAUGCUGUCUACAGCAACCAGGGGAGGUACACCACGUUCUCUGGCUUCUUGGUUUAUCCUGAGGCUGAAACAGUCACACCUCUCACCACACAGGUCAGAACUCAUUUCUAACUGUCUUAACCCUUCAUGGUGUCCUUUUAAAAAAUAUACGUACAUUUACUACUUUGUUUGUUUGCUUUUUGUUUAUUUUCUUUAUAGUAAAUAAUAUAAAACCUGGGAUAAAGUUUGUUGUUAAAUUUCACCACAAGAUGGGGCUGUGAUACAUUUCUGGACACUAACCAGCAUACAUUGUGGCUAUUUCUGUCCUAAAAGUGCAAAUAGCUGACAAAAAUCAAAUAUAAAAAACUUGAUUAAGUAAUAAAUUUGGGUUUUGGUUCACAUGUGUAAUUACAAAAAAUCAUUGUGUUUAGAAAUUUUAAAAGCAUUUUUUUUAAUGUAAAAAUUUUUAUUUCAUGGCAUGGAUAAUUAUGUAAAUGAUGUAUAGUUUAUUAACAUUUACUGUAAAAAAUUAGAUUUAGAGAUACAUCAUGGUCAUGUAAGUGGAGAUGAGUGUAGUGUGGAGAUAGUCAUGUUGUUAAACUUUUAUACUGUGGAAAUAUCUGCAUCUGUUUUGA